UAAAUCUUCACUUAUACCAGCCUUUGUGUUCCUACUUUCGCGUCGUGGGAAUUGCAGAGGUCCCUCGUUCCGAGUGUAAGUGAUCGGCGUUUUUCCGGCACAACAAUCAGCUACGACAAGAUAUAACAAUUGCGACGAUCAAACAUAACAUGUCUAACUUUAACUAAUCCAAAAAAUUGGGCGACACAUCCACCAUUGUCUUCUGUGAGCUGCUAUCUCACAACAGACCCGAUUGAACUCCACUGGUCACUGCUUCUCACUAGAACUUUAGAAAAUACCUCUUGGAGACCGUCACUAGUGAGCACAUCAUGAGUCAGUCGACUCGUGGAUUCAACUAUUAAUAUCCACAAAAACCCUCUCUGUUUAUUUUUAACAUUUAGAAAGACAAGUCACAGACUAAUAUAAAAUAACAUAUUGCUUAGUUAUUCAAAUUUUAAUCCAAUGUAUUUAAGCUAAUUAGCCUCUUGCCAACAGUUAAACGUUAUGUCAACCAACUGACAAUCCAGUGUAUAUGAUAUGUCAUUACAGGACGUUUUAUUUGUAGUUUUCAAAUUAUAACUUCCACAUUAUUCUUAUGUUAUAUUUCUUCUAGCUUCAUUUCAAACAGAUAACUUUUAUACAUAAAUUUACGACUGUUAGGAGUGUUUAUUUUUCAAUUCAUUUUGUGAUGGGCAGCUCUUUCAGUUAAAAUCUUCCCCAACUAUACUCAUUCUUGAUUCUAUAAAGGAUUGAUCUCAUGAUUUUAAUGCUUUAAUGAAAGCAUAUUACGUUUAAAACAUGGAUAUAAUAGUUAAUGAUCCUUAUUUUCAAAUUUUAAUCAAUUACUGAUAUAUAAUAGUUCUUCAAUUCUAUAUACAGUUAGAUAUCUUCAUAUAAAACUCGAUUUUUUAUCAAUUACAAAUUCGACUCCAUGUAAGUCUGAAAUAGUAAAUACAUAUCAGUGUAAAACCUCAAAUUAUGUGAAAAAUAACUAUCUAUUAUGGAUCGUUUUUUUUAAAAAAAAUUAAUUUAAUAGCAUAACAGUUUUUUUACACUAUGCGCACUGCUGAAGAACUCCACACUAGGACGAAACGGUUGUUCAGUGCUUUCAGGUUUUCCAUGCAGGUCUAGCUUUAAUUGACUCAUGAGAUCAACUAUUAAAUUAUUAAGUUAUUGAUUAAAACUUAUUAUUAUUUUCAGUAUAAAAAGUGAUAUGAUUAAACUUCAUGAGCAAGUGAUCAGUUUAAGAGAUCUUGCACGUAAUCAUGAAGGUACAAUAGCACGUAAAGAACAGAUUAUCUGUGAUUUAACGGAUAAUAUUAAUAAGUUAAAAAUUCAAGUGGAAAUCAAUUUGAAAAAGGAAAAUGCUAAAAGAAAGUCAUUUUGUGUCAAACUUGCUGAUCGCUAUUAUAAACAAAAUAUUUUAAAACAAGCAAUCGUUGGAUGGAAACAAUUCAUGGAAUAUUCUUGGAAACAAAGAAAUUUUCGACGACUUACUUUGGAAGCUCAGUCUGAAUGUAUAAAAAUUAAACAAGAAUUAAAUCAAAAAAUUCUUCAGCUGGAGGCUGAGUUAAAAGUCAGUCAAAGUGAAUUAGAAUCAAUGAAAGCAAAACAAGCUGGUGAACAAGCUGCACUGAAAACAGCAUUAAUGCGUGGUGUCUGUGCAUUAAAUAUGGAAACAAUGGCUGUAUUCAAUGAAACUCUGCCAAAUUUGAAUAAAGAAUUUAUAAAUAAAAAGUUGACUGUUGAUUCGCAAAUUUUAAACAAAAACUAUUGUACAGAUGAUCAUUUGGAAUUGGCUCAAUUGACAUCGAAGAAAUUAAACGGUUGUCAUUUAGAUAGAACGAUUCACAAUCAAUCAGAUGAGAUGAUUUUCAACAUACAGGCUGAUCAUAUUGUGCAAGCCACUCAUCAAAGUAACACUGAGUUCUCUGAUCAUAACAGACAGAAUUCUAUGGAAGCAUGGCCAAGAGAUACAAUUCGUAAUGUUGAACCAUCUUAUAGUAAUGUGAUGAGAAAAGGAAACUGUGCAAAACCACUUAGUCAUUCCACGGAAAUCUGCGAACGUUGGUUAGGUCAUCAUGGUGAUUACAAUGAGAACGAUCCAUUGAAUUUGUCUGGCUUACCAACAUAUAAAACUCAUGAUCGUCAUUUACAUACAAUUCAAAGUUUAUCAUACCAAGUAGAUGAGAAAAUAUCCAAUUCAGAUCCAAGUGAAUUAGAACAUGGCAAUCAAAUGGAUGACAAAUGGUUACCAAACAAAGAUUUAGCCCCGAACAAAAAUUACGACACAUCUUUUCGAAUCAAUAUAAACUCUACGAAUUCUAAACAUGAAAAACCCGACCGCAACUUGUAUGAUGGAAAAACUCAUACGACAGCUGAAAAUGCUAAAAAGAUGUUAAGUUCACGAAAUUCAUCAAAUCGUUUUUAUUCUACGGUGAAACAAAAUAAAUUAUCAUAUCCAAGACCUCAAACUGUACAGCAUGGAAUACCUACUGGAAACUAUCCAAAUGGUUCUACAGCUAUGGUUAAUAUCUUAGUUCACCGACAUCAAACCGGUAAUCAGAUAAACUCAACAGAAAAUGUAAAUACUCAUAAGCAUACAACUAAUUCAACAGGAGUACAUUAUUCACAUUGUCAACAUAAUCUUUCAUCAACACCACGUUUCUAUUCUGAUUCUUAUUCUCAUAGACAUGUUUAAAUGAAUUAAAAUGUAACAUUUUUUUUACUUCUUAUUUAUAUAAUUGAUGAAGGUAUAGUUAACCAAUAAAUGUAUGUAUUCUAUUAUCAUAUUUUCAUACGUUGCUAGAAUGAUCUAUAAAUAAACCUUAUUUAAACAUUAUAGUUAUUCUUAUAUAAGUUCACCUAUUUCUUUAAAAUAUACACAUAUAUUUUUUUUCUAGUAGGAGUUAUUUCAUUCAAAAUAUAUAAUUCUAUCAUUCACAAUGGAAAUAUGAAUCUUUCAAGGUAACAGAAUUGUUGAAUAAUCACUGAUAAUACAGAUUUGAAUUACUUCAUCACUAACCAGUUUUAUGAACAAUCAACAAUAAUUCAAGUUUGACCGUGAAAUAUAUACAUAAGUUAUUAGUAAAAAUUGUAAUGAUGCGUGAAAAAAAAAGAUUGUACUCCGUUUACUUGUUUACAUUUAAUUAUCUUAAAGUUAAUAUUCAUUUGAUAGACUUGCUUGUUAAUUAUAUGAGUUUGUUUACUAUCUAAACUUUCAAAA